UUGAAACGGUACAAGUCACGGACGCUUGAUUCCAAAGCAUUUACAAGCGUUUGGUCCAUAUUCUGCUUCGGCUAACUUCGUGUCUCGUGCGUGCGUGCGUGCGUGCCUGCUGGGAGUGCUCGCUCGUGAGCGGACUACGUGAUAAGGUGUGCGUGUGUGUGUUCGAGUGUGUGUCUCUGCCGUCUGCGUAACGGUGACGGUUUAAUUUGAAUUUCAAAAUAUUAAUCAAAGAUGCUGCUGCCGAUCGGAAAAGCGCAGCCGAGCGAGUGAAAAUACCAAAUGGGGAGAAUUUCUUGAUAAAUGACCGCAGAUUAUAUGACAAAAUCGUUCUCAAUUUGUUUGUGUCGUCAUCGUCAUCGUUGUCGGCAUCUUCAGUGGCCCUACUCGCCUCUGUAUGUGCGUGUGCGCGUUUGUGCAUGUGUUUGUCACAAUUAAUUAGCAUUUAAAUCGCUCAUUUAUUUACCAAGUAAUUUCGUGCUCGGAAAACAGUCCAAUAACAGAUACAAGUGUUGGCUGAGGGCUCCGAUUGGAACAAAAAAAGAUCGAACGAACUAACGACAACCCGUCGACAAUAUUCGAACCUUCGCCGCCAGAAAACAAGCAUAAACUUACACUUCUUCCAUUACUCGACAGUUUUGUGAAAUAAAAGCGCCAGCAUGUUCCACUGCCUGACUCUGCUCGGCCCUCUUUUCGUCGUUGGCGUAUUGAAAGAUUUCACAGCCGGCCUCCGUUUGGUCGAGGUGCGAAUACCAAAUUACGUGAUUAAGGGCUCCGCAACGCAGUUGGAAUGCCUCUACAAUCUGGAUGGCGAGGCGCUCUAUUCGGUCAAAUGGUACAAGGAUGGCAACGAGUUUUAUCGCUAUGUGCCCAGGGAUAUGCCGCCGGCGCAAACAUUUCUGCUGCCAGGUGUUGCCGUUGAUUUGCACAACUCGAGCGACGCUAUUGUAACGCUGCGCAACGUCAAUCUGCAGUCGGCGGGUCGUUUCCGGUGCGAGGUAUCCGGCGAGGCGCCAUCAUUUCAAACGGUCACCGAGCAUGGCGACAUGGUUGUUGUGUCUCUGCCGGAUCAGGGGCCGCCCAAAAUAAGCGGCGGUCGUCCGCGCUAUCAAAUCGGCGACUGGGUGAGAAUCAACUGCACCGCAGGACGCUCCAAGCCGGCCGUUAAUCUAUCGUGGUUUGUCAAUGGGGAAGCUGCUGACUCAAAUCAGAUACGCAAGUACGAUACCAUUAUAUCGGGUCGAGAGGGCUUGGAAACCUCCGUGCUUGGUCUUCAAUUUCGCGUGGAGCAGCAUCAUUUCCGUAAUGGCGACAUGAAGUUGAAGUGCGUCGCCUCACUCUCGACGUUCUACUGGCGCAGCAACGAGGAGUCCGUCGAGGGGGACCGCCCCCAAAAGGCGCCCGUGCUCGAGUCCCGCGAAACCGUCUACGCCAGCAACUCACGCGCCGAUCCCGUUCAAGCCAGCAAAACGGAUUCGCUUCUGGCCUCCCGUGCGCCAAGUGCGCUGCUGCUGCUUGCGCUGGCCACGGCGGCCACCUUGGCCGGCGGCUGUUGGCGGGUCCAGCAGCUGACCGCGUCCACGUCCGCGGCCACCUCGCAUACGCACGGCAAGCGCAAGGUCAAAGCGGUUAAAGGUCAUCCAAAUAAAAGUGACGAUGACGAUGAUGUCGCAAUUGGGGAAGUUGAAAAGCGCGUUGUAGUUGAGUUGCUGGCCGCGUUAAAGCAAAUGUUACGCAAGACCCUGCAGCAAUCCUGGUAUCUGAGGAGUUCGAUCGGAGGGAGCCGAGCAGCAGCGUCCUCGGUGACAGAGCGGCAGCAGAGCAUGCUGUUGACUGCACGGUAG